ACACCACUCACAAAAGGCAAAAGACAUAAAAAAGCAACCACUUCUUCACAUAGACUCAUAUAAACUUGGCACUUAUUCAGUGGCAUUUUCGUAAUAUUAAACCAAUUCUAAGGUCAUUUUUUAUUCCUCUAUUGCCCCCAAACUCCUUUUCACCCUAUCCUCACCUAUCUCUCUCCCCUUCCAAAUCUCUCUCGUUCAGAUUCAAUCCCUAAAAUUAAGAAUUAUCAAUUUUUCUACAAUUUCUUUUCUCAGUAAUUAAAAAAAAUCCAAUUUUGAUUCUGGGAAUUUCUCGAUUAAUUUUUCUUUUCCCUUCUUGGGAAUAAAAAUUCGAUUUUGCAGUUUAAGGGAUUUGGGGGUUUGAAUGUGAUUUGGUAAAAAAAACAAUGUCGGAAUCAAAUCAAGAGGCGUCAAUGUAUGGAAGAGGAGCCAUGGCGAAUAAUAACAUGCAUAGUGGUGGUGGUGGUCAUGGGGAUGAAGAAGAUGACGAGGUGACCGGUGCUGAAGAGUCCAUUGAUAACCCUCAGCUCCGGUAUGAAGAUGGUGGAUGUGUUGGAGCCAUGAACGGCGUUCAAGAUGUUCCUUCAAAUGUUCUAUACGUGCCCAACUCUGAAUACCCUCCCGUUGCAGAAAAUGGAGGCUCUGAUCAGCUCACUCUAUCGUUUCAGGGCGAGGUUUACGUUUUCGAUGCUGUUUCGCCUGAUAAGGUGCAGGCAGUGUUGUUACUUUUGGGUGGAUAUGAAAUCCCUUCUGGUAUUCCUGCCAUGGGUACAGCCCCUCUUAAUCAACGGGCUGUGAAUCAAUUUGUUUCCAAGCCGGUUCAACCACAUAGAGCUGCUUCUUUAAAUCGGUUCCGGGAGAAGAGGAAAGAACGUUGUUUUGAUAAAAAAAUCCGUUACACUGUCCGCAAGGAAGUUGCUAUGAGGAUGCAGCGUAAGAAGGGUCAGUUUACAUCAUCUAAGGCUAGUUCCGAUGAGGCGGGCUCAGCUGUAAUUGUUUGGAAUGGCGCACAGGGCUCUGGCCAAGAUGAGAGCAUGCAGGAAACUUCGUGUACAAACUGCGGAACUAGUUCGAAGUCCACACCAAUGAUGCGUCGUGGGCCUGCUGGUGCAAGGACUUUGUGUAACGCAUGUGGGCUUAAGUGGGCUAAUAAGGGAGUCUUAAGAGAUCUUAAGGUUCCGAACGGUGGUGUCCAGGCUGCUUCAAUGAAGGAAACCGGGCAGGUACACCUCCCAUUUAAUAGCGACGGUGAUGCUAAUGAUUCGGAAGCUGUAAACACAACAACCAACAUCGUCUCUUCCAACGGGCAUCACGACCAUAUGACUACUGAAACAGGAUGACUGGGUUAACUGGAUCUAAUACAUUUUCUGCCUCAGCAAGGAUGUGAAAUAGAUUCAAAAUAUGUAACAACUUCACAUUCACUUUGAGCGUAAAUAGAGUUUCAAUGUACUAAACUAAAAAAUUGAUGAUGAUGAUGAAUAAGUUAACUAAUUUGGGACUCUUUUUUAACAUUAGCAUUUGUAUAUUACUCCCAUAAAAGAGACUCUUUGCUAAAUGAGGAUGCUUUUUCACACUAUGUAAGGUUUUGAAUUUUGAUCAAGUAUGUGGCUAAGUGGUAGUUAUCUUGUA